UAUUUGAGAGAGAGAGAGAGAGAGAGAGAGUUGAGACGAAGCGAUGGCAGCAGCAAUUGAAAUCGCACCGAUCUCCUUUAUUCUUCAUCCUGCUUUUCAGAUUGAAAACAAGGCAAAUAUCAGCGUUCCAACUCAAAGAUUGAGCUUCUCUCAUCCAUGGACCCCAAGGAAACUGAAGUCAAAUGUAUGCUGUUCUUCAAAUUCCGAUCCAAAAGCUGAAGAGAACGGCUCCAACACCACUAAUGAGUUGUUCCCAUCUCCGGAUGAUGCUGAUUACUUGUGGAAGCUGGCAGCUGGUUCAGUUGGUGGUGGUGCUGCCAUCAAAUACGGAAGCAUUCUUUUUCCGGAUUUAACAAGGCCAAACAUAUUACAAGCUCUUCUGAUGAUUUCACUACCUGUUAUGGUGGCCGUUUUGAUUUUGAUCAAGGAAAGCAGGAGCGAGAGCUAAAGCAAUGAUCUCUUCUAGCCACUAUGAUUUGUAUUUCAUUAUCCUUUUCUAGAAUCAUCUUCUUGGACUGAAACUAUGGUGUUUCAGUUGUUUUUAUGCAGGGUUGUUGGCUACCUUAGUCACUGUGCAUGUGUAAAACAUACAUCUUUAUUGAAGAGAAUGUUAAAGAUACUGAAUUUUGUUUCA